UAGUGAGCCUGUGCCUAGUGAGUGCUCACGUGACCAGCACCCAUGAAUAUUGAAAUCCAGCUGGCGAGCCCGCCUCCAGCGCGCAAUUUACCGAAGACAAAAGAGGAUCUUCAGAGGGACUUAGGACUGCAGGAAGAUACAGCAGUGGCAAAGACCUCAGAAACGGUUGAUGCAAGAGGACACAGGCCACUCUCUCCAGGACAGAGACUAGCUCCAACCAGGAGACCUCCUCCACCACCAGUUGGUGGAAGUACCUACAGAGGGCGUCCAACAAAAGCUCCAGUCACAGGAAAGAAGAAAGAAGCCGAAGUGUAUCCUGACAAGGGAGGAUGUAAACAUCUACAGGAAGAGUUGGGAGUGUUAUGUCCCACUGGUUGUGAAUUGCGUACUGGUCUUCUAAAACAAGAGAGGAAUGUCAAAAACUCUGUGUCUCUCAUUCGUCCCUCGCUGGAGUCACUGUCUCAUUCAUCAACCAAUAUAUACAAGUAUGCCUCUCUCCUAGGAGACAAAGUCAAAGAACGGCAGGAACUUAACAAAGGAAAUGAGAAUGUUAUUAAUGAAUACAAUGUAGACCUGGAAGAACAGUACAAUUAUAUCAAGGAGAAUGUAGAUACCAAUAUUCCAUCUAACAUCCGCAUCCUCCGCCAAGUCCUAGAGAAUCUAAGAUCCAAAAUCCAGAAACUAGAAGCCACAAUUUCCUCCCAGGUGGAGAACUGCAGAACUCCUUGUACUACAACUUGCAACAUUCCAGUGGUAUCUGGCAAAGAGUGUGAAGAAGUCUUUAGGAAAGGUGGUGAGACAUCAGAGAUGUAUCUCAUACAGCCAGAUGGAUUCUUCAGACCAUACAAAGUUUAUUGUGAUAUGACCACACAAGAUGGCGGAUGGACAUUGAUCCAGAACAGACAAGAUGGCAGUGUUAACUUUGGAAGACCAUGGGAUGGCUAUAAAAAUGGAUUCGGAAAUAUUGCUUUUAGUGGAGACAAAAAAGUCUGUGAUACACCAGGUGAAUACUGGCUGGGCAAUGAGAGAAUUAGCCAGCUUACUAACCUUGGGCCCACCGAAGCUUUGAUUGAAAUGGAAGACUGGGAUGGCAACAAAGUUUCAGCCAAGUACACUAGUUUCACCGUGCAGAAUGAAGCAAAUAAAUAUCAGCUCUCUGUCAGUGGCUAUCAGGGUAAUGCUGGAAAUGCUCUCUUGGAAGGCGCUUCAGAACUGAGGGGAGAAAACAGAACCAUGACAAUACAUAAUGGCAUGUUUUUCAGUACACACGACAGAGAUAAUGAUGGCUGGUUGCACUCAGAUCCAAACAAACAGUGCGCCAAAGAAGAUGGUGGUGGUUGGUGGUAUAACAGAUGCCACUCUGCUAAUCCAAAUGGCAGAUAUUACUGGGGAGGACAUUACACAUAUGAUAUGGCAAAACAUGGCACAGAUGAUGGUGUUGUAUGGAUGAACUGGAAAAGAUCCUGGUAUUCAAUGAAGAGGAUGAGCAUAAAAAUCCGCCCAUACUUCACCAGUUAAAAACAUGCCAUUUGGUGCCUGAAACAACAAGACAGCAACAUGUAAGAUGCAAAAAGAUUUCAUCAAAAACAUGGAACACUUUAAGUCCCGUCCUAUCAAGAUGUUAUUCUAUACAUUGUUCUAGAAUUACCUGUUGGAAAGACAAUUAAGUAUAUGUGGAAUGUGUGAGGCAAAACGUCCUACACUUAGGGCCUUCAAUCCAUACAUUUGCCCACAGUAGAAACCAUAAGCAAGACAUUUGUUAACAUUUCACAACAUGGUGCAAUCUCACACUGCUCGGUGCAGUUAUAUAAGAAUUAUAGUGAUGUCACAAGGGAAAUAAUUUGCCAAAGUUUUCUUAUUAAUGACUAAAUAUUUGAUUUUCACGGCAACUCUAAGUGCAAGAGCACAAUGAUCAUAUAAAGGACGAGGUCAUUCAGUGAAACAUGUGAUGGUGAUGUCACU